UAUAGUUUUCAAAAACAAAAAAAAGAUUUAGAAAGAAAACUUGAAAAAGUUGCAUCCAAAACAUCAUCAAUCCAAAACCACUCUUCUUCAAUCUAUCACCCACAGUCACAGACACACAUGGCCACAACAACCAACCCCAUUAAAAUCCUCUCUCCAAACUCCAGACUCCUCCUCACAAAGCCCUUCUGUAUCACAUCUCUAACAUGUCCAACACUCUUCAACAGAGCCACAACUUCACUGCACAAACCUUUACUUGUAGUAAAAUGCAGCAGCAAUAGCUCAGAAGAGAUAGGACCAAUUAAUGGUAAUAAUUUGAAGGAUGCAUUGUCUGGUAUGGUGGACAAGCAAGUGGAGGAACUUUUAAACAGACAAGAGAAUAGGGUGUUGCUUGACGGGUUAGAGAAGGCAUCGCAAAGAGUGGAAAUGGCUAGAAGAGAACUUGCUGAGAUUGAAAGACAGGAACUUGAGGCUAAACAAUUGAGGGAUUAUAUUAACCAGCUUGAAAGUAGAGCUUCUGAGAUUGCAGAAUGUCAGCAGGAGAUCUUAGAGGCAAGAGCCAUGGUUGAAGAAGCAGAACGUUCGCUGUCACUUAAUAAUGAUGGGGAUGCUUUAGAGAGCAAGGAGAUUAGCAGAGAUCAAGAGAGACUGGAGUCCAUAAAGGCAGGUUUUGUAUCUGCACUUGUCGGCACCCUUGCUGGGCUCCCCAUUUCUCUCACUCAAGUGACCAGCAAUGCUCAGCUAAUACUUCCGUCCACAAUCACCUUCAUUAGCUGUGCAUUAUUCGGCUUAACCUUUCGAUAUGCAGUAAGAAGAGACUUGGACAAUUUUCAGCUGAAGACGGGGACAGCUGCAGCUUUUGGCAUUGUGAAAGGUCUUGCUACACUAGCUGGAGGACAGCCAUUGGAGCUCGAUCCUGAAAGCUUCUUGUCCCAUGCCUUUAAUGGUGCAAAGUAUGUAUCAGAGAAUCUUUUGAUCUUUGCUUUUGCUGCUGUUAGUCUGGAUUUCUGCUUUAAGAUGGGGCUUUUAAGUCCCUUUCCUAUGACAAGGUCAGCUUCAAGGACUAACAUAGAAUGAAUCAUCCCUUCUACUGGAUUCAAUAUUGCCCAAUAUCUGCUGCCUUGGCAACAGGAUGUAAUUGCACCAACAAAAUGAAAAAUUCGUAACUGUGCUCUCCUCCACCCUUCCAUGAGUUCUCUGCAUCAUAGUCACCGUUAACAACUCGCUGAUUAAAGCCAUAAAAAUGUCUUUUCUAAA